AUGCAGUCCGGAAAGGCCACAUUGUCAAUUAACCAUCUCGGAAUGAAAUUGGACACCGAGGAAACUGGUAAGACUCCGAAUUUGGUUGAUUUUUAGCUAAAAAUUGGGCGAAAUCUGACGUCUUUUAGAUUAUGUUGGAAUCGACGUGUUUGUAUAUUGCCCUGUAUGUUUUUAGGUCGUCUAAUCAGUAACAUGAUCGAUGCCGUAGCCAAGAUCGAAUGUCUUAUCAUGUCUGGCAACACGCUAGGAGUUGAUGCGUCUAAGGUGAUAGCUGAUUCACUCUCCAGGCAGCCGACCUUGAGAGAAGCCAUUUUUGCCGACAUGUUUACGGGCAGAUUGAAGUCCGAGAUCCCAUUGGUCCUAGUAAGUGUUUGUUUUCAUAAUUUCUUUGGUGUUUAGAUUCCACAGAGGCUUUUCAACCGAUUUUAUUUUAGAAAAACCUAAGUGACGCCAUGAUCAAAGCCGACGUUCAUUUAGAUGAGCUGGAUUUGAGUGAUAAUGCAAUUGGACCUAUGGCCAUCCCCGGAAUCCAAGAAUUCCUAUCUUCGUCGCCGUGUUUUAGCCUGCGGAAGUUGUAUUUCAACAAUUGUGGUCUUGGAGCCGCUGGUAUUACGAUAGCCGAUCGUCUAGAGCAAUGCAAGGCAAAUGCAGCCAGAGCUGGGAAGAAGUUUGAAUUGAAAGUUUUUAUCGCUGGGAGAAAUCGGCAGGAGAAUAAUGGAGCUAUUGCUUUGGGACGGGCCUUUAAUGUAAGUUCUAAUUUAGAUUUUGACAUUCUUAUUGUCUUGAUGCAAUGUAUAAUGUAAAAAUCUUUCAGAUCCUCGGAACACUUGAGAGAAUCGAACUUCCACAGAACGGAAUCAAAAAGGAGGGUAUUGUCGCGCUAGCCAAGGGUAUUCAAGGCUGUCCGAAUCUUCGGUAUUUGAAUUUGAACGACAACACUUGCGAUAAGGAAGGAGCAAGAGCCCUGGCCGAAGCCAUUCCUUUCUUACCCAACUUGGAACAUGUUGAUAUUGGCGAUUGUCUCUGCAGACGAGGAGCCGUCGAUGUUGUCGCAGCUUUGGUCGAGAAUUGUUUAGGAUUGAAGGUGAGUUAUAUUCCAAUUGAGAAUUUUGAUUUUUAGUACUUGGACCUGAGUGGAAACGAGAUUACACCCUCGAUUGCUGAAGAAAUUAUCGAACUGAUCCUCGGUGCAGAAGACUUGGUCAACUUGAGACAUGUGAAAAUGGGCCUCAACUGCUAUGGCUCCGAGUUCGACCGACUGGUCGAAUACGCAGAGGAAUCCGGGAUUUUUGACUUUGGAGAGGAAGACGAAGAUGAUGGAUCCCUGGCCGAGAGUGAUGAGGAGGAGGAGGAUUAA